CCGGCGUCGGGGCCGAAUCGCCGUGUGGCGAGUUCGAGUCCCGCCUCCUGACUCUCACCGCUAGUCCCCGAGUCCGGGGCGGGGCGCAUUCUCCGAGUAACCUCUCCACUGCAAGGGGCGGUGGCACACGUUGGGCUUCACCAUGGAGGACUACCUGCAGGGUUGUCGAGCUGCUCUGCAGGAGUCCCAGCCACUGCAUGUCGUGCUGGGAAAUGAAGCCUGUGACUUGGACUCCAUGGUGUCCGCUCUCGCCUUGGCUUUUUACCUGGCAAAGACGAGUGAGACUGAGGAUGUCUUUGUUCCAGUUUUAAAUAUAAAACGUUCUGAGCUACCUCUGCGAGGUGACAACGUCUUCCUCCUUCAGGAGAUUCACAUUCCAGAAUCCCUCUUAAUUUUCCGGGAUGAGAUUGACCUCCACACGUUGCACCAGGCUGGCCAGCUCACCCUAAUCCUUGUUGACCACCAUGUCUUACCCAGAAGUGACGCAGCCCUAGAGGAGGCGGUGGCAGAGGUGCUAGACCAUCGGCCCAUCGAGCAGAAGCGCUGCCCUCCCUGCCAUGUUUCAGUUGAGCUGGUGGGGUCCUGCGCUACCCUGGUGACCGAGAGAAUCCUGCAGGGGGCACCAGAGAUCUUGGACAGGCAAACUGCAGCCCUUCUGCAUGCAACAAUCAUCCUGGACUGUGUCAACAUGGACCUUAAAAUUGGAAAAGCAACCCCAAAGGACAAGAAAUAUGUGGAGAAGCUGGAGGCCCUCUUCACAGAUCUGCCCAAGAGAAAUGACAUCUUUGAUUCUCUGCAAAAGGCAAAGUUUGAUGUGUCAGGCCUGACCACUGAGCAGAUGCUGAGAAAGGACCAGAAGACCAUUUUCAAUACCUAUGCUUUCUGCCAGGCUCACAGCUAUGACGCCCUGGUCGCCAUGACUAUCUUCUUCAACGCGCACAACGAGCCAGUGCGGCAGCUGGCUGUUUUCUGUCCCCACGCAGCACUCCGAACGACAAUCUGUGGAGUCCUGGAACGGUCGCACUCUCCAGCCCUGAAGCUGACCCCUGCCCCAAGCACUCACCCUAACGUCCAGGCCUAUCUUCAAGGCAACACCCAGGUCUCUCGAAAGAAACUUCUGCCUCUGCUCCAGGAAGCCCUGUCAGCAUAUUUUGACUCCAUGACAAUCCCUUCAGGGCACCCUGAGGCUGCCAGGGAGCAGGUGGACAAGGAAUCGGACAGGGCAGGUACCUCCCUGAUUCCUGGACUGAGUCAGGAUGAGGAGGAGCCUCCAUUGCCCCCCACACCCAUGAACAGCUUGGUGGAUGAGUGCCCUCUGGAUCAGGGGCUGCCUAAACUCUCAGCCGAGGCCAUCUUUGAGAAGUGCAGUCAGAUCUCACUGUCACAAUCCACCGCUGCCUUCCUGUCCAAGAAGUGACUAUUGGGAGGGGAGAGGGCGGCGGGCGGGGUUGCUUGAACCACCUCGAAUGCAUGUUUUGAGAGGCUUCAGCAAUUCUGUCUCAUUGCUCCAGGGUCUGGUGCACUUGUCCUGUUCUCGUAAAUCUGGGAGGAGAAAGAAGUAAGAGAAAGCAGCUGCUUUAGGAAUGGCUUUCUACCUUCCCCCCCAAUCUCCCCCAGUCAGAUUCUGUUAUUUAAUUUAAUUCUUUAGCUCGGCACUGACUCCCCAGGGGUACGAGGUAACUCCUACGCUGUUCCAGCAGCGUGGCACAAAAAGAAUGUGCACCCCAACAGCGCCCUCAGCAAGGCUCUAACGGAACCAGUAUCUCCGUGGAACCAAACUUGCAUUGUCUCCAUGUAUUCAUUUGUUCUCUCAUGGAUUGAAGUAUUGAUGGAAUACCUACUCUAAGCUCGGCAGAAAAUAGAGUGCUUCGGAAACUCUUAUUCCAGCUUUCAGCCUUUAGAUUUCCAGCUCCAUGACUCCUCUUUCUGCCCCAUUAGGUAAUGGUGUCUGAUUCUGAGACGGCUAAAUGUUUUUCCUGAACUUACUGUGACUCUUUUAGGAUUUGUUUCGGAGCAGGUUAGAGGCCAUUAUCUUCUGCCCUGAUCAUGUGGCCUGGCUCUCAGUUUCUUUGGAUCCCUUGUUCCAAAGCCACAGGGAGCCGGAAGAAACUCAGAAGACCCCUGAGCGUUCAGGAGGCGCUCAGAAAGGCCUCGUGGGCAUUCUCCCCAAAGAUGGCAGAACUGCACUGAGAGCCUCAGCUCUGUCCCCUGCCUUAGCGGGUCUGUCAAUCUCUUGUCCAUGUCAUUCUCUUCUUGGUCUGAUUACAAGGAAACAUGGAGUCCCAAUAGGGACUGCCCUGAGCUGUGUGUUCCUUGGCAACACACUUCAUCGCUAGGUCUCAUGUACUCCAUCUAUAAAACUAAGGAUCUAGACUAGAAGUUCUGUUUUCCCUGGGAGUGCUCAGGGUCACUGGAUUGUGUGUAUUUAUAUGUGAUUGUACCGAGGGACUCAGCCUCAUGUAGCAUGUACAGGGGUCUGAUUCAUGCCCUAGUGAUUCAACAAAGAGCUCCCUCCCACUGACUCGUUCUGCAUGUGUAGUUCCCUUUUUUCUUCACACCAACCUGUUCCCCCUUUUCCUACCCCCAGGCUCUAUUCCAUGUAAGUUGCCAACAGUUUCACUGAAUAGUGAGGUAUGUGAUGGUUUUGGCAUGAUGUCUUCAGUGCGAAGGGGACAACCGUGUGACUUCACUUUGAGGGGAUGAUGUGUGUAGCCAUUGGAAGAUAAAAAUAGUGGUGUGAUUACUGAACCAAAGGAAUUUAUGUUUUGUAACUUGGGUACUUUAUUUUGCAUUUUGUUAAAGUAUUAAAUAAUUUUUUCCUGG